CCCUUACUGUCUCAGUUGGCGAAUCGGUGUUUACGUUCAAAUGUGUACAUUUGUCCGCCAUCCUUUGUUUCACUACCGAAGACCUCCAAAAAAAAUGCUAUCAUUGAGAAGUCGAAGACGUGUUACAAGCAAAGCCAGAUAGCCCAAUGAUAUUCCAAGAAACCUUUCGCUACGUUUAUUAACACCCAAAAAUCUUGAAGCGGCAGGUCGUCUGCUAGUGAUGGUAGUUUGUUUGUCAACAAACGCACGUUGGCGAGUUUACACAAUGAUCCAGCGGGCGUAAUGACUGAUAUUGAUUCGAAUUCGGCUGCUUCGUCUGAUGACGAGAUGUCUCAGCAUAAUUUAUCGGAUCAGGAGAAUGAGGAUGACAAUAGACGUGGUUUAUUACAUGAUAAUGAGGGAUAUCUAGAGGAUGAAGAAUUGGGCGAUGAUGAAGUUGACUCAGACGACGAUGUUGGCGAAGUUGAGGCCGGGCCUUCGGAAAGAGUUCAAGAAGAGCAAUUCGACGAUGACCACGAUGUGCCACCAACGAUCAGCGUGGAUGUGGAUCUCACUGCUGUAAAAUUUCACCCUGCGAAUGACCUUGUGGCGACGGGUACUAUUGAUGGAGAACUGGCGGUAUGGAAAUAUUCGUUGGAGAAGAAUGAGGAAGUUAGACGCAGUAAAACACAUCCAAAGGCCUGCCGUGGCCUUGAAUUUACGCAAGAUGGUAAGACGCUUUUUUCAAUUUCUAAGGACAAGUCAUGGAAGAUGAUCGACGUUGAGACAAUGCGAAUCGUUGUCGACAUGCAAAAGGCGCACAAAAGCGCCCUUUUCGCUAUGGCCCUGAUUGAUGAGUGGUUAUGUGCGACGGGCGAAGAAGAUGGAGCCGUGUGCGUCUGGGAUCAUCGCACACCAAAACAACAAGCCGUCCAAACGUACAAGCAGUGCGAAGACUAUAUCGCAGACCUGUUGAUCGAGCCCCAGCACAAAAAAGUUCUUCUAGCAGCAUCAGCCGAGGGCACUUUAACCGCUCUUGAUGUCCGUCGGAAGAAGAUGAUCAUGCAGUCGGAAGUCUUUGAGGAAGAAUUUCUAUCCUUAGCCUUAAUCAAAGGUAAAAAGGUUGUUUGCGGCGGCAGUGAGGGCUCCUUUGAAAUUUUCAACUGGGAUGAGUUCGGCUAUAUAGUGAACGCAAUGAAAAGCGUUAGCAAAGCUUCCGUCGACUGCAUGAAGGCACUUAACGAGAGCAUUGUGAUCUAUGGAUGUGGAGAUGGCAAUGUUCGUGCAGCGUCAUUUUUUCCAAAUAAACCACUUGGAAUUUUAGGUAAACAUUGUGACUUUCCUAUUGUCUCGCUCGAUCUGGAUCGGGAGAGAAAGAUAGCUGCAAGCGUCAGCGUCGAUCAGAAGGUUCGCUUUUGGAGUACUGAAGGUAUCGAGUCCAAAUUAGACUUAAAAAAAGGUCGUUGGCAAGAUAUGAAGAUGGUGAUGAACACAAAAAAAAACAAUUUCUUUUCCGGGCUUGUUAAUAAUGGUGAUGACAAUAAGGAAUAAACAAGAAUCGAGGUGACGGCCGGUUCGUUCUUCUGUUAAAUUUGGGUGAAAAUUCUUACUUAUAUUUUUUGUAGAUCCAGAACAAAUCUACCUAUUGCCAGUGACAUACAUAUAAGCCUAUGCAAAUUCUUUUAUCAUGUGCGAACUGGAUAUAUAUAUAUAUAUAUAUAUAUAUUCGUUAAUCCCUGCAAAUUGGGGCCUAUGCAUGUACGAAUAAAAUAUUUAAGCGAAGAUUUAA